UAAAGGGCUGCCACAAACGUUGGACCCUUCACUCUGUCAGCCAGGGUUUACUCAUAGUAACCCUCUUAUAAUCCAUCCUUAAUUGCCAGACGACUGAACACUGUAGAAUAACUUUAUAAUAACUUAAAUCAUCCAGAGAGCACAAUGGAGAAAGCUCGCAGCAGUAUGACAGAGUUCUGGAAGGAGCACUCCCGGGGUGCCACGGUGGAGGAGAUGAUGCUGGACUCUCAAGCGAGGGAGCUGACCAAACAGGAGCUGCCCGAGAUCCUGUCCAUGCUGCCCUGCCUGGCUGGAUCCAGAGUGCUGGAGCUGGGAGCUGGCAUCGGGCGGUUCACCAGCCACCUGCUGACGAAGGCUGGCCACGUGACGGCUGUGGACUUCAUGGAAAGCUUUGUGGAGAGGAACAGGCAGGACAAUGGCCACCACAGCAACGCUACCUUCAUCCAAGCUGACGUCACAAAGCUGGAAAUCCCCGAAAACAGUAUUGACUUUGUCUUCUCCAACUGGCUGCUGAUGUACCUGAGCAACGAGGAGCUGAAUUCCUUCAUACAGAAGGCGCUGGGCUGGCUGCGGCCCGGUGGCUUUCUUUUCUUCAGAGAGUCCUGCAACCACCGGUCAGGUGACUCCAAGAGGGACUUCAACCCCACCUGCUACCGCACAGAAGCAGAAUACAGCCAAGUGGUAUCAUCCAUACAACUGGAGGAGCCAGAGGGCGGCCAAAUGUUUGGUUUCGACAUUGUGUUUAAAAAGAAAGUUGAAGCCUAUGUUGAGAUGAAAAACAAUCCAAAUCAGAUCUGCUGGCUUCUGGAGAAAGUUCCCCGCUCCUCGAGCACUCAGAACGGAUUCAGCACCUUCCAGCAGUUCCUGGACAACCAGCAGUACACCAACCGCGGCAUCCUGCGAUACGAGAAAAUGUUCGGCGCGGGCUACGUUAGCACGGGCGGGCACAGCACCACCAAGGAGUUUGUGGACCUGUUGAACCUGAAGCCCGGUCAGAAGGUUCUGGAUGUCGGCUGUGGUAUUGGUGGAGGAGACUUCUACAUGGCAAAGACCUUUGGAGUUGAGGUGCUUGGCCUGGACCUGUCAGACAACAUGGUGGAAAUCGCCAUGGAGAGGGCGAUCAAGGAGAAGCUGCCAUCAGUCCAGUUUGAGGUUGCUGAUGCCACUCGGAGGUCGUUUCCAGAAGGUUCCUUUGAUGUGAUCUACAGCAGAGACACAAUCCUGCACAUAGAUGACAAACUGGCGCUCUUCAAACGCUUCCAUUCGUGGUUAAAGCCUGGGGGCAAGUUGCUUAUCAGUGAUUACUGCUGCGGGGAGAAGCCCUGGACGCCGGUGUUUGAGGCCUACGUCAAACAGAGAGGCUACGUCCUCCAUACACCCUCACAGUAUGGCAAGUUCCUUGAAGAAGCUGGUUUCUGCAAUGUUCUGCCAGAAGACCGGACAGCCCAGUUCAUCAAGGUGAUAAAGACAGAGCUGCAGAGAGCAGAGGCCAUCAAGGAUGAAUUCAUUCAGGAAUUCUCAGAAGAAGAUUAUUUUGCAAUAGUAAAUGGAUGGAGGGAAAAACUGGGACGUUCCAACAGUGGAGACCAGCGAUGGGGACUCUUUUAUGCAACAAGGGAUUGAGUGAUCGCACUCAGGAGUGAAAAGAUAAUAAAAGGAAAAAAAAACUGUUAUUUUCUUCUUUCUUUAUUGACUAUGGAUGUCUCUUUGAA